AUGAUGUGCGGCAAACACAAAGAUCGAGAAGCGUUCCCAAAGAUCGCGCUUACAGUUGGGAAUAUUCCACAUCUUCAACGUGAAGCAUGGAGACAGCAUUCUCAUGGACACGACAUUCCGCAUAGCAACAACAUUCCCCAUGGACACGACAUUCCGCAUAGCAACAACAUUCCCCAUGGAGACGACAUUCCACAGCACCCUCCAACAGGACAAUCCGAGUUGUCGUCACCAGGUGGCGUGAAGGUCGGUCUCGGCGGCGCUGAGUCUGCGACGCCGCGUAAGUCGGGACGAGACGAGGAGGAAGAGGCUGCGGAAACACUGGUGGCGCUGUCGUGCACGCCGACAAAACGCAUCAAGCCGCCGGACUCCACUAAACACGCCGCCACGCCGGCAAAGCACGCUCCCGCGGCGGCGCGCUCUAGUGACGAUCGUUCAACCGGCGUGUCUCCGGCCAGCGGGGACACUUGCCGCCGAUCACCGCGCGCGGUGCCCCUGGUGGCGGGAGCAGACAACGCCGAUUUUGCGCGGAGAGUGAUGGAAGUCGUCAUGCCAGCCAUGACUGACAUCAUUGCCGGUAAUCGCACGCGCGGGUUGCCACCUGGUGGGAUUGUCGACGCUACAGCGCGCGCAGUCGAGAGAACUGUGAGCUUGGCAAAUCUUGCGCGCGUCCAAUCACAGGCUGCUGACGCCGCCAGGCGCCGUGUAUCGCCAGGUGGCGCUCACACAUCACAGCAAGGCAACGCGGUGCAAGACGUCUCUGGAACGGACUCUCGGUCAGCGACUGGUGUGCAUCAGCCACCAGGGGUCGGUGGUCGGAUAGAUGCUCAGAGAAAUGCUUCGGCUGAGAGUGAGAUCGAGCGAGUGACCGCGCAGGACAGAGCGACAGAGGGGGCGAUGAACAGAGAUUGCCGCCGAGCAGAGAAGGAGAACAAGGUGGAGGCUGGAAAGAUGCUAGAGAAAAGCAGGAAAACCUCAUCAAGGGGAAAAAGUCGAGAAUCCUGGCAAAAGGUUGACGUUGACAAAUUUCUAUCCAAGCUACAUUAUCAUGAGUGAGAUGAGGUAGCAUUGAUGACUAUGCCCACCUAGGCUGGUCCUGUUCCCGCAGGAUAAGAAAAGAGAGAGAGAGAGAAGGGAAAAGGGAGAUGGAAAGAGUGUGCGAGAAAAAGUUGCGAGAGAGAGUUAUGGUAUAAACUGUAGCUCACUGUAUCCAGAGAAGAACACUCAGCAUUUGAGUGAUUGUUGCAAGAGCCAUCCAACGACCUUGAACGAAAGGAUUAAUAGUUGUACAGCUAGGUAUUUGCCGUAGUUAUCAUGUCAGGGGCCAUCUCCUACGUGGUAAACAUGCUGGGGGUCAUGUCCUAAGUAGUGAUCGUGCCGGGGGGUGGGGGGUGCUAUGUAGGUAGUAUUGUACCGGGGAAAUCUCCUAGGUAGUGAUAGUUGGGGGUCAUUUCCUAGGUAGUAAUAGUGCCAGAGGCCAUCUCCUAGAACCUAGGUGAUAAUCAUGUUAAGGGCUAUCUGCAUACUCCACCUGUGUAGAGAAGGCAGAGCCAUGCUCAUGUUGAUCUAUGCUAUUAUAUGUUUUGUAAGGAGGAGUGAACAGGUAUAUAUAUAUAGUAGUUACUCCUGUCGGCAGUUACGUACUCUGCGAAAAAUAUAUCGCUGCGCAUGAAAUCGUUAUUGAUGUUUUAUAUUGUAAAGCCAAAGGUAUUACUUUAUGAAAAUAUUAUCAGAUGUAUAUCUUGUUUGCACGUUUUGGCAUUGUAUAUCUGUUUUCUAUCCGAAUAAUAAAGACAUAUUAAACAUGUCAGUCCUGGUUUUA